GCACAGCGCUAGACAGACGCGUCGCUUUCCUCCUCCUCCCCCGCCUCCGCCGCCGCUCCCCCGCGCGGGCGUUCUCCCACCUCUCGCGCCUCACCUCCUAAACCCUCGCUGAACCCUAGCCUCCCUCCCCCCGGGGAGCAUGCACACCAGGCUGCUGAGCGCCCCGUCGCACGCCUCCGCCUCCGCCUCCUCCUCGUCCCUCCCCUUCCCCGCCGGCCACCCGUGCCGCGCGUCCUCGAGGCCGCCGCGGCCCAGCCGGGGCCCCACCUCGCCGCCGCUAUCGCUGCGCGCCCGCGCCUCCAUGCAGCCCGCGCCUCCCGAGGGGCACAGCGAGCAGCCCGUGCAUGGCGUCACCAACACGGUCGUCGGCGUGCUGGGAGGCGGCCAGCUGGGGAAGAUGCUGUGCCAGGCGGCCAGCCAGAUGGGGGUCAGGGUGGCCAUACUGGACCCCCUCGAGGACUGCCCGGCGAGCUCGGUUUGCCAUGAGCAUGUCGUCGGGAGCUUCAAUGAUGGCGACAUGGUUAGCGAGUUCGCAAAGAGGUGUGGGGUUCUGACAGUGGAAAUUGAGCAUGUCGACGCUGUCACACUUGAGAAGCUUGAAAAACAGGGUAUUGAUUGUGAGCCCAAAGCCUCUACCAUCAUGACUAUUCAAGACAAGUACAGGCAGAAAACUCAUUUCUCAAAAUUUGGAAUUCCAUUACCUGACUUUGUGGAAGUAGAUACUUUAAGUAGCAUAGAGAAAGCUGGGGAAAUGUUUGGCUAUCCUCUGAUGGUCAAAAGCAAGAGAUUAGCAUAUGAUGGCCGUGGAAAUGCUGUUGCUCAUGACAAAAAUGAGCUAUCUUCUGUUGUUGCUUCACUGGGUGGGUUUGAGCAUGGCUUGUAUGUGGAGAGGUGGACAUCUUUUGUAAAGGAGCUUUCUGUAAUUGUUGCAAGAAGCAGAGACGGUUCUACGGUGUGCUAUCCUGUUGUUGAAACCAUUCACAAGGAUAACAUCUGCCAUGUUGUUGAGGCUCCUGCCGAGGUGCCUGAUAAAAUAAAGAAGUUGGCUACCAAUGUAGCUGAGAAGGCUAUCAAAUCAUUGGAAGGUGCUGGUGUUUUUGCUGUGGAGUUAUUUUUAACACAAGAUGACCAGGUUUUAUUGAAUGAAGUAGCUCCAAGGCCUCACAACAGUGGGCAUCACACAAUUGAGUCAUGUUACACCUCACAAUAUGAGCAACAUUUACGUGCUAUUCUUGGCCUCCCUCUCGGUGAUCCUUCAAUGAAAACACCUGCAGCGAUAAUGUACAAUAUCCUCGGUGAGGGUGAGGGCGAGGCAGGAUUCACUCUAGCUCAUCAAUUGAUUGAGAGGGCUUUGGACAUUUCUGGUGCAUCCGUCCAUUGGUAUGCAAAGCCAGAGAUACGGAAGCAGAGAAAGAUGGGCCAUAUUACAAUUGUGGGGGCUUCUAAGUACAGUGUAAAAGCACGCUUGGAUAAGUUGCUGCAAAGGGAUGCACAUGACCCUCAAAAAGUUAAACCUCGAGUUGCGAUAAUAAUGGGUUCUGAUUCUGAUCUGCCUGUAAUGAAAGAUGCUGCGGUAGUAUUGAAGAAAUUCAAUAUACCUUUUGAGCUUACAAUUGUUUCGGCACAUCGUACACCAGAGAGGAUGUUUGAUUAUGCCUUGUCUGCUAAAGAAAGGGGAUUAGAGGUCAUAAUUGCAGGUGCAGGUGGAGCAGCUCACUUACCAGGGAUGGUGGCUUCAUUGACUUCUGUCCCAGUAAUAGGGGUACCCAUCAGGACUUCAUCUUUACAUGGGACCGAUUCCCUCUUAUCUAUUGUGCAGAUGCCAAAAGGUAUUCCUGUUGCUACUGUUGCAAUCAAUAAUGCGGAGAAUGCAGGCUUGCUGUCAGUUAGGAUGCUGGCCUUAAGAGAUCCUGAGCUGUGGGACAAGUCAACUGAAUACCAGCAAGAUCUGAGGGAUAUGGUGUUGGAGAAAGCAAAAAAGCUUGAGGAACUAGGUUGGGAGGAAUACAGUAAGCUAUACUUGAAGCAUUGAUCCCUGGCUGUCCUUUCUGUUGCCCAUUCUUUUAGAACCAGUGGUGACAUAAGCAGAUAUGGUCCGUGGUUGUGGCACAUUCUUAAAAUCGUUGGGCCCGCCUCGCUUUCCAUUCAUUUCCGCAUACAGUCCUUUUUUAGCUGAUUUUUGGAUUUUCCCCGCUCUUUGAAAUUUGACUUUCUUCAGUGGAAGGCGUGCCUUGACUCCAAAGGCUCGAUGCCUGAGCAUGUCGGUAUGAGAAAGUUUUGCUCUUGUAACUGUAACAUGUCUGAAAUGAUCAUACAGUACCACUCUUAUGUUCAUGUUUCAGGAAAAGAAAUAGCCAAUUUUGACGAGCUCUUAAAAA